AUAUGUUCUCAUUUAUCUGUGCUACUGCUGUGGCCACUUCCUGGUUACUUUAUCUAGCUAGCAAUUAUUUUAUGUGAAAGGGGAUGAGGUUUUCUGAAGAGGGAAAAGCUUCCCAUUGAAACUGGAUGAGAAAUUCAGACAAAAUGAGCUGGAUGCCCUUCAAGAUUGGACAACCAAAAAACCAGAUUGUUUCCAAAACGGUUGAAAGAGACGUUGAACGAGAAUAUAACAAGCUCCAAAAGUUGGAAGAUCAGACAAAGAAGCUCCACAAAGACAUGAAGAAAAGCUGAUAUAGCCAUGUCCAAGGCAGCAGUGAAGAUCUCAGGGGACUUGCUCAGUAACCCACUGUACAGGACCAGGCUUUUCUGGAGUCCAUGACUGCUCUGGACACAGCCAUGAGAGGAUGGACUCCUUCAAUCAGGAGAAGGUCAGGUACAGCAGUGUGUUCCCCAGCCUCAACAUGGCUGUGAAACGAAGGGAGCAGGCUCUACAGGACUACAAGAGGUUACAGUCCAAAGUAGAGAAGUAUGAAGAGAAGGAGAAGACGGGGCCCCACCAUGGUCAAACUGCACCAGGCCAGGGAGGAGCUGAGUUCUACCACAGCCUCAUCGACUACUUUCAGCCCAGCUUUGAGGCACUCAUCCGGGCACAGGUGGUGUACUUCACGGAGAUGCACAAUAUUUUCAGUGAGUUGACGGAUCAGAUCGACCAGGCAGGGCUGAGUGGUGAGCAGAGGGAGAGGGAGAAUGAAGCCAAGCUGAGUGAGCUGCGUGCUCUGUCCUUAGUCGCUGAUGACUGAGAGAGAACACCAAGGAGAGGAAGGGCUCGCUCUAUACAUAUGGACUUGACUCCUUUCCAACCUCAGUGAAUGGAUUGCUCUUCAGAAUCCUUCUCACUGUGCAAAUGGACAUAUCCUAAUCUUCAACUGUUUCUUGCACUCAUCUUCCCACCUCUCUCACAUCUCUCAUUUGACCCUUUCCUCACGUCUAAAGAAACACUGAUAGCAACUCCAAGCAUUUUACCUGCCAUCAGCCAAGUGCUAUUAUCAUAAGCCAAUAUGUAUAUAUUUUUUUAAAUGAUGGAAUGAAACCGUUCUAAGAACUCAUUUGUGGGUCACACCAUAGAAUUACACAUAGAACUAUAGAUGUGUAGGAUAUCUGUGGAUCACAAUUUCUUCUCAAAGCUGCAUACUUGUUUUUGAUCAUUUGAGUUUUGUAAUCUUUUCCAAAUCAAGGUAAACACCAAUAUGGAAUUUAUUGUAACAAAUUGGUGGUACUGUAUUGAACACUCGUAUUUAAAUGUUAUCGGACUAGAGGAAGUGUAGGUCAGAAAGCUACAUUCAUCUGAAUCUCUGUAUUUCUCCCUCCCUUAAGGUUUACAGUGAUCUAGCCUGUGCAUUGUGGCCCAGGAGCUUAUUUGUUGGGGUAAAAUAUAUAUAUAUUGAAAGUAGUAUUUAACACUAGCCACUCCAGCUUCCCGGCUAUGGAUAUAUGUCGAACUCUUUCAACUCCAGACCUCUGAUGGUGACUGUAUAAAAGGUGUCAAAAUGUUUGUUUGUUCCCUAAUCGUCCCCUACUAAAUCUGACAGAUAGUCCUUGUACCCUUCUCUCGUUCUUCUUCACGUACAGUAGGUUUACAAGUCGAGCUAGAGUACUUGCCUUCCAAAAGCAACUCUCUUGCUCCCUCUAGUGACACUUACUGUUCAUUGUUCCCAUAGCUUUCCUUCAUUUGACCGUUAUCGAAGUGGUUCUUUGUUCCAUUGUUUGUCCUCAGAUUCAUUAUUGAUUUAAACUCUCCAGUAAAUGUUCCUACUACAUAACAGAUCAAAUAAAACUAGGAGAGGACUAUGUCAUGACUGUAAGUCGCUUUGGAUAAAAGCGUCUGCUAAAUGGCAUUUAUUAUUAUUAUUAUUAUGUCUAUCAGUUAUCACUUAGUGGUCCUUCUGUAGCUCAGUUGGUAGAGCAUGGCGCUUGU